CCCGGACGGACGCUCGCACCAUGGGCCGUGGCGCCCCGCUGCUCCUGCUGCUCCUGCUGCUGCUGCUGCUGCGGGCCGGGCGGCCGCGGGGAGCCGAGCUCACCUUCGAGCUGCCGGACAGCGCCAAGCAGUGCUUCCACGAGGAGGUGGAGCAGGGCGUGAAGUUCUCCCUGGACUACCAGGUCAUCACCGGCGGCCACUAUGAUGUUGACUGUUACAUGGAAGACCCCUUAGGGAACACCAUCUACAGGGAAACCAAGAAGCAGUACGACAGCUUCACACACCGGGCGGAGGUCAAGGGCGUGUACCAGUUCUGCUUCAGCAACGAGUUCUCCACCUUCUCCCACAAGACUGUCUAUUUUGAUUUCCAAGUGGGUGACGAGGCACCCAUUCUCCCAGACAUGGGGAACCGGGUGACAGCUCUCACGCAGAUGGAGUCCGCCUGCGUGACCAUCCACGAGGCCCUGAAGACCAUCAUUGACUCCCAGACCCACUAUCGACUCCGGGAGGCCCAGGACCGGGCUCGGGCUGAAGACCUGAACAGCCGAGUCUCCUACUGGUCUAUGGGGGAGACGGUUGCCCUGUUCGUGGUCAGCGUCAGCCAGCUGCUGCUGCUGAAAAGUUUCUUCACAGAAAAACAGCCCAUGAGCCGGGGGACCCACUCCUAGCCCGGGUGUCCUGCUUCAGUGCCCCUGUACCCCGAGGUGGGCCAGCUGGGCCAGCAGGUCUGCCUUUGGAGUAGGGGGGCGCAGGGGGAUGGGCUGUGUGGUGGCCCUUGACAUCCAUGCAGAUACUUACUCCUUGCCACCCAGCUACUAAAUCACAGUGCCCUGGAGUUGGAAGGAAGGCAUCGGAUUGCAGUGUAACGUGUGAGGGAACAUUUACAGUCAAGCUGGGGACUGGCCACGGUGGGAGGGCAGACAGGCCCCCCCCCCUAUUGUGCCCAGGCCUCUCCCCACAAUGCAGUGGGCUGGCUAUGGGUCCUUGGGUCAUUGGACUGGUGUGUCCCACCCCAUGCUGGCCUUUCUUUUCACGUGGCUCUCUGUCUCUGAAACAUCAGGUCCUCCCACGUCAGGUGAGCCCUGGGGUCAGCCGUGUAAGCGGGGCAGCAUGGAGACUGGUGUCCUCUGUUAGCUGUGUCUCUCCAUGGAGGUGGCCUCUGGUUAAUAAAGACCAUGUGUGAAAGCG